CUUUGCACGGUCACGUCUUCAACGACAUCAGGUGCAUUGCGUCCCCAGUCAUGUCUCUUUCUGUAUCACUUGAUUUACCAUGACUGAAGAACUCACAUAUGGAGCCCAUCCGCAACACUGUGCAUUCACCACAUCGACUUGAAAUGUUCCUUCCCACCCGGUACCUACAGUGAAAAGGAGCAUCAGACGACCCUAUGGAGUAUCUCUAGGACCACCCAAAGUAAAAGAGUAACAUUCACCAUGGAUCCUCGACCUUUGAAACGUGUCAAAGUUGACAGUAGUGAUAACACGACUACAUCCUCCGAGUCCGUGGCUGGUGAGACUGCAGAUGCAGCCUCUGUAAGAGCAAGACGAGCGCACUUUCUGAGUUCCAUCUCUCGACCCAUCUCUCCUCCAGGUACAUCUCGGUCCGAGACCAGCACACCUCAGCCCGAAAUCAGCACAGAUCUAGCACCACACCAAGUCUCUCAGACAAUGGGGAACCGAAUCCGUCCACUUCAUGUAACCAAGACUGAGGCCCAUGACACAGGACUUUCGACAGGCGAGACGAACCUUCCCGCUACUGCGAGUCCAAAGCAAAAUGGCCAGGAUCGGCAGCAUGCCACAUAUAUCCCUUCACCUUUCAGACUAACCUCAAUUCGAGACCUGCCUGCUUCGGAAAACAACGACACCAUCUCCCUUCAAGACAUACUCGGCAACCCUCUCAUAAAGGAAGCAUGGAUCUUCAAUUAUUGUUUCGACGUCGAUUGGCUCAUGACCUUUUUCGACCCCGACAUUCGGCCACAGGUCAAGGUCAAGAUCGUCCACGGCUCAUGGAAGAGAGAUUCGGAGAACAGGAUCGCCAUUGACGAAGCGUGCAAGAGAUGGCCAAACGUUGACGCAUUGACGGCAUACCUGCCGGACCAAUUUGGGACGCACCACAGCAAGAUGUUUGUGCUUUUCACCCACGAUGACACGGCACAGGUGAUUAUCCACACCGCCAACAUGCUCCGUAAGGACUGGACGAACAUGACACAAGCGGUGUGGCAGACUCCUUCAUUGCCAAAGCUCUUCGUGAAAACCCCCAGCUCUACUGUGGGCAACGUCGGCUCCGGAUCACGAUUCAAGUACGAUCUUGUGCAAUACCUGAACGCCUAUGGGAACAAGACAAAGUCACUCCGAGAGCAACUCGUGGACUACGACUUUGGGGCCGUCCGAGGUGCCCUGAUCGCGUCUGUCCCGUCUCGCAUGAAGGACUUUAGUCUUGCCUCUGGUGUCAAGGAGCUGUGGACCCAGAAACUCUAUGGAUACCCUAGUCUUUUCCGCGCUUUGAAGACGAUCAAGUCACAAGACGAGGUUGAGAAGGAAGACGUAACUCCUUCGCCAGCACAUGUCGUAUGUCAGAUCUCAUCCAUCGCCACCUUACCAGCGACAUGGCUCAAUCAAUUCUUCCCGACACUCUCCAACCACAAGCCAGCCCAAAUGUGGGACCGCAUCUCCAUCAUAUUCCCUACACCUUCCGACGUUGCGGCGUCUCUCGACGGCUACUCAUCCGGAGGAUCCAUCCAUACAAAAGCACAGAGUGCGGCACACCUGAAGCAGAUCUCGACGCUGAGGAAGUCUCUGUGUCGAUGGACUCGAGGGCCCAACGUGGAUGCCAGAGCGGGCAGAGACAAAGCCGCACCACACAUCAAGACGUAUGUGCGGUUCAAGGAGAAGCCUUCCCCCCAGACACCGACCCCUGAUAUCGAAUGGGCACUGUUGACCAGUGCCAACUUGUCGACUCAAGCUUGGGGUACGUUGCGGGAAAAGGAUCAAGAGACUGUGGUUCAGAGUUUCGAGAUUGGCGUUCUCGUGUGGCCUGAAUUGUUUGAAGAGGGGUUCAAUUCCGGGGAGGGAGAGGGAGAAGAGGAGGAGUUGCACAAGAAUAAUACCAUCGGUUCCGAGAAAGAUGGGAAGCCCCAUGGCAAGAGCAGAACAUCGAGAAUGGUUCCUGCAUUUGGGAGUGACGAACCAAAAAAGUCAAACGUGACAGCUAGCAGUGGCGUCGGUGAUGGUGGUGUUGAUGGAAGGACGAUCGUCGGGUUAAGGCUACCCUAUGAUUUACCCCUGACACCGUACGGACAAGGUGACAUGCCUUGGUCGCCGCAGGGCACUUAUGAUGUUCCGGAUGGUCAUGGGAGACGAUGGCCAAGGGACUUUUAUUGA